UGCGGGCUAUAUUGAGAUUGGUAAUAUUAUGCUCGGCAUAAAGUUGUUUAGUGCUUUACCGAGAUAUUCUUUGUGGUUAAAUGAAAAUUUAUAUUAUCAUUUUUGACAUUGAUGGACCGGAUGGAAGCUGGACAGAUUGAAGAACUAGUGGCUGAACCUAACAUUAUGGGAGAAAGUAAAGCCCACAGACUCCGUUGGUUGGGCUACCUUGAGGGAAUGGACGAAGAUCGGAACGUAAAAAGAGCGUACCUGGGUCGCCUUGCAGAAGGACGUCCUAUCGGACGCCCUAGGUAUCGCUGGAGCGACAUGGUGGAGGCGGAUCUGCGCGAGCUUCGAGUCGACAAUUGGCGAGAGGUCGCACAGGACCGAGAAAAGUGGCGGUGUCUUGUGUCGGACGCCAAGUCUCAUUUUGGGUCGCUGAGCCAACGAAGUAAGUAAAUAAGUAUUUUUUAUUUGUAUAGUACUUAUAUUAUUUUGUUUCGUGUGCAUCCUGUGCUAGAUUUUUCAAACCUAUUCAUUAAAAUAUAUUUAUUACCGCUAACUUAAGGUACGACCGCCUAUUACGAGUACCUACUUAGUUGGUACCUCUAUCUAUGCUAUUAAUAACAACUAUCAGGGUACAAUAUUUAUUUAUUGCGUGAUUUUUAAAACUUGGAAUUAGAAUAAAAACAGCGAAGCUGAAAUACGAAAUCAAUUGGCUGCGGCCCGCGACUUCGUCUGCGUGGGAUAAUAAUAAUGAUGAUGAUAAUUGAUAAGAAAUAU